GGGCGGCUCAGAGGAGGUGUGGCCGGAAGGGGUGGGCCUGACUGGGAGGGCGUGGCCGACGGGGUGCGGCGAACAUGGCGGAGCGCGCGAAGAAGCGACCCUGCGGCCCGGGUGAACAUGGCCAAAGAGUCGAAUGGCGAAAAUGGAAGCAGCAGAAGAAAGAAGAGAAAAAGAAGUGGAAGGAUCUCAAGCUGAUGAAGAAACUGGAGCGGCAGCAGGCACAGGAGGAACAGGCAAAGCUCCAGCAGGAAGAAGAGGCAGCUGCACAGAGGGAGGACCAGGGUCGGCCCUACACCCUGAGUGUAGCCCUUCCAGGUUCUAUCCUGGACAAUGCCCAGUCACCAGAGCUUCGCACCUACCUGGCUGGCCAGAUUGCCAGAGCCUGCACCAUCUUCUGUGUGGAUGAGAUUGUGGUGUUCGAUGAAGAAGGCCAAGAUGUCAAGACUGUGGAGGGAGAAUUCAGGGGAGUUGGCAAGAAGGGACAGGCAUGCGUACAGCUGGCCCGGAUCCUGCAGUACCUGGAGUGUCCACAGUACCUAAGAAAGGCAUUCUUCCCCAAGCAUCAGGAUCUCCAGUUUGCAGGGCUUCUGAACCCCUUGGACAGCCCUCACCACAUGCGUCAGGAUGAGGAAUCUGAGUUCAGAGAAGGCAUUGUUGUCGACCGGCCCACCCGGCCAGGCCAUGGGUCCUUUGUCAACUGUGGCAUGAAGAAGGAGGUGAAGAUUGACAAGAACUUGGAGCCUGGACUUCGUGUGACAGUUCAGCUGAACCAGAAGCAGCUCCCAGAAAGCAAGACCUACCGGGGAAAGGUUGUGUCAUCACAGGACCCUCGCACCAAAGCCGGUCUCUACUGGGGCUACACGGUCCGGCUGGCCUCCUGCCUCAGUGCCGUGUUUGCUGAGGCCCCCUUCCAGGACGGGUAUGACCUGACCAUUGGGACAUCAGAGAGAGGCUCGGAUGUGACCUCCGCCCAGCUUCCUAGCUUCCGGCAUGCUCUUGUGGUGUUCGGGGGCCUCCAGGGCCUGGAAGCUGGAGUGGAUGCUGACCCCAACCUAGAGGUGGCUGAACCCAGUGUCCUCUUCGAUCUGUACGUCAACACCUGCCCUAGCCAGGGCAGCCGCACCAUCCGCACCGAGGAAGCCAUCCUCAUCUCCCUGGCCACCCUGCAGGCUGGCCUCAGCCAGGCGGGUGCCCGGGCCAGCUGAAGGUCCUGUAGGGCCAAAGACAGCGAAGCAGCAGCAGAGAAACCAGAGGUUCCUGAGGGUCCCCCAGGACAGACGCAGCCAAGACUUGUCUCCAGAAAUCACCACCUUUUUAAUGCGACCCAGCCCCUACAGUCUGGCAGGGUGACACCUUCACUUGCUGCCUGCAGUGAUGGCCUGGAGGCUGCCUGUCCGUGCCAGGAUAUUGGGUACGAAGAGCAGCCCCGAGGCCCGCUCGAUGCUUUCAAUGGGCACGAGGAAGCGCUCCAGUGGGACUGCCUCAUCCACCGGAGCAUUGGGCAUCACGUAGGAGCGGAGUUCGAUUUGCCCGCCAGCCGCCUCCAGGAUUAGGACUUUGAAGAAGUGGGUGGGCACCGCCACGUGGUUCUUGCCAAUGACCUGAUACUUCACGUAGGACUUGCCGUCGGCCUCCGUCCUGCAGACAGACCCAGGGCUGUGCCUCCAGGAAGCCUUCCCUGACCUGACUUCCAACCUAUGUCAGCCUGUAGGACUGCCACCCUCUUGCGAGGCUUCUGGGCUCUUCUGGGCUCCCCCAGGAGGCUGGGAGCCCCCUGCAGGGUAGACAUUCCCUUACCCUGUUUUCCUCAGGCCUACUGGGCCAAGCAAGGGUGGGUGGUGGCAAUAAAUGCUGCUGAGAGAUUCA